AACUUUUCUCCACCUCAACCAUAUUCCUGCAGACAGUUUGGGAUUUAACUUUAGUGCACUUUGGGCCGUUACCAUAGAGACCAUUAUUAGCCAGAAACUAAAAUCGUCCGCGAUGGCACCGUACGCUGGGGUUACCACGACCAUCACGAGGAUGGAGAACAGGAAGCACAUCAAGGAGGACGUUCCCAAAGACGUGAAACUCGUGCCGAAAGGAUACAAGGGUUUCUUCGGGGAAUACGUGACCGAUCUGAUCUGGCUGCACAUCAUCUCCAUCGGACUGUUCCACGUGAUAGCCCUCUACUGUUUCAUAACGUUCCCAUUUCUGUCGUGCAAUUACAAAACUUUGUUAUGGGGUGUUGUGAUGGGUGGAUUCUCCGGUUUCGGAGUCACCGCAGGAGCGCACAGAUUGUGGUGUCACAGAUCGUACAAAGCUAAACUUCCUCUGCAGAUCAUCCUUGCCAUAUGUUACUCAGCUGCAGGACAGAACACAAUCUUCGACUGGGUUCGUGACCAUCGCGUGCAUCACAAGUAUUCCGAAACGGAUGCUGAUCCUCACAACUCCAACCGCGGUUUCUUCUUCGCUCACAUGGGAUGGCUCUUCAUGAGGAAGCAUCCGGAAGUGAUCAGGAGAGGCAAUCAGAUCGACAUGAGCGACAUCACCGACGAUCCCCUUCUCAAAUUGCACCACAAAUUUUUCCUGCCGCUGAAAAUCAUCUUCUGUUUCGUGCUGCCAACUGCAGUCCCAGUCUACUUCUGGUCCGAAAACAUCUACAACGCUAUAGUCACUCAGUGCAUCGUCAGAUACAUCCUGUCCCUGCACUUCACGUGGUCCGUGAACAGCGCAGCUCAUCUUUUCGGCAACAAACCUUACAACAUUAACAUCAAUCCGAGGGAGAAUCUCGCAGUCGCGUUGAUCUCGAUGGGCGAGGGUUGGCAUAACUACCAUCACACGUUCCCAUGGGACUAUAGGGCAGCGGAACUGGGCAAGAUCAACACGACCCUGAUCUGGUUGGAUCUCUUCCAGAAGAUCGGAUGGGCGUACGACAUGAAAACGCCAUCGAAAGAGCUUAUCAAAGCUGUGAUCGAACGCCGAGGACCUGAGUCUGUAAACAAACAUUGCCAUUCGCAUCCUGAAGAAGUCCCGACGCCCGAUUCAGACAACGAAAAGUCCAUCUGAGUUCUCGCGAAUACAAUCAUAAUACUAAUUAAAAAUUAAGCAUAAUUCGAUAAGACACGCCCGAGCGGCAUCCAAAACAAAGACGGGAAUAUUAUGAAAACAAAAUAAAUGAUGAUGAUAAUAAUAAUGUGCGAGAAAUUAUUGUGAUUUUAAA